AUGACGUUACUUGAAUUUUUAACUUGGUUUGAUUAUGAUCGAUAUUCAUCACCUAAAGUACAGGACGCUUUACAAGAACCACUUGUACCAAAUCCUCUUUGGCGUAAUAAUUUCGAACAACCACCUCCACUUAAAACUUCUGCUUUACUGCCUCGUAUUGUUCUUUCAUGUGGAACAGUAUUAAUUCAAACACAAAGAGCCAACUUGUGCUAG